AUGAACCAAAAUAUGCUGACAAGAAUGACCGCUUUCUUGGUGGAACAGGAGGGCUUUCAAGUCACGCUUCCUUCCGUUAAUGAAACCCAGGCCAAUGAUGUCACGCCAGCGGAUGUAAAUGCUCUUGCACCGGGUCGAGCUGUGGCCGCAGCCAGCUUCAUUCUCAAACCCGUUGACUGGCGCAUGGACAGUACACAGGACCCGGACAUCUGGCUUGUGACACAUGACUUCACAGACAUUUCCAUAAUAGGCGAGGCCGUGGUUAUAGAUAAUUUAUUCGAUCGGCUUAAGGUCGAAGACUCAUGA